AUGGAUCUCUUCAAAUCAGUUCUCCCCGAAUACGAUCCAUCAGAAUCCACUCAAUCUCCUGUCGACGAUGCGGCUUCUUCUUCAUGGAGCUUCGGCAAUCUGAUCAAAACCCUAGCAACCAAAUCCGAAUCCGUAAUCGGAUCCUACCGUCGCGAAUUCGAGGAAUUCGGAUCCGAAUUGAAGAAAGAAAGCUCCGUGAUCCGACAAGUAGCUUCUCGUGCCGUCAAGGACUUACCUGCUUCCCUCGACGUCGGCGCCUCCGUCGCUCAAGAGUCCCUCGAAUCGGUCGGUCAAGCGAUCGACGACAUCGGCGGCGCCGUGUGGAAAUCAACGGCUAAGAUCAUAUCCCGUGGUAAGGACUCUCUCUUGUCUUCUUCGACUCAUCUUGGUGAUCGUGGAUACCAUCAGGGCUUAUCUGUGAAACCCUAUAGUCGAUUCCAGAUGCAGUUGCUUGCGAUUCAAUCUGAUAAAGCCACCUAUGGUAGAGAACCUGAUGAUUUAGGGGAAUUUGAGAAAUGGAGUUUGGGGUUUAAGCUAGAGGAGAAAGGAGACGUGAUUGCUGAUCUAAUCAAUGGAAACAGAGGCGUGAAAGAGAUGUACGUGAAGCUUGUGCCUGUGGAAGUUGAUGCUGAGACUUUCUGGAGGAGGUAUUACUAUAAAGUGCAUAAGCUUGAGGAAGUUGAGGAGGCUAGGGUUAAGCUUGUGAAGAGAGCUACAUCUGGAGAAGAAGAGGAGGAUUUGAGCUGGGAUCUUGAUGACGAGGGAGAUGAAACUGAAGCUGAGAAAGAGAGGAAAGUCUGUGAGGAGGGGAAGGUGGAGAGUAGAGAAGUGUCGUCUAAGGAUAGCGAUAUCUCGGUGAUUUCGACGCAGCCAUCUUUACGUGAGGUCGAAGAUCUUGGGUGGGAUCAGAUGGAAGAUGAUAUUAGAAGCAAUGAGGAGAAAUCUGAUUGGCGAAGACGGGUCAGUGUAGCAGAGGAAGAAGAGGAUUUAACUUGGGAUGUUGCAGAUGAUGAUCACUCUGUUAAACAAUAAGUUCUAGAAAAAGCAAGAUUUGCAAUCAAAAGUGUGAUCACUGGUCUAGUGAUAUUAAUGUUGAAGACUGUGAGUCUGCUCAAACACGUAUCUUUUGUCUUGGGCAAUGGCAGGUAAAUAAAGCAUAUACGAUUCUUUAUAAACGUGCAUAUUCCACAAACAAGUUGUAUAAUAUUCAUAUUUGUAAAAAAAAAUAAGAGAACAGUUUGUUCUAGGAACAAAUUAGUUUCAAGUGAAACUCUUUUAAAGAUAUUACUACACUAUACGUAUAUACCACCUUAUUUGUUUGGGCUUGCUGAGUA